GCGAGGCGUCGCACAAAGGGCCGCUGUCCCGUCGCCGCCCCGCCCCCCGCGGGUGGCCCGCCUCUCCCCCCCAUUCCCUCUCUCGCCUACUCAGUCUGGGUCCCCUCUCCUUCUUCCCUGUCCAGGGCAGGCUGCCCCUCGGGAUGAGGUCGGGUUGAAAGUCCCUUGCCCACUCGCCUCACUAGCUCCAGGGCUAGGGGAACCAGAGCUACGCCGCCGCCGCCGCCGCCGCCGCCGCUGCGGGACAGAGCCUGCAGACAGACGUGGGACCCAAGGAGCAUCACCAUGCAGGACUCUUCAGCCCUUGACAUGGCCAUCCAGCACGCCCUGGCAGGGCUCUACCCGCCCUUUGAAGCCACUGCCCCUACUGUCCUGGGUCAAGUGUUCCGGCUGCUGGACUCCGACUUCCGGGGAGAUGGGCUGAGCUUCCUCCUGGAUUUCCUCAUCCCUGCCAAGCGCCUGUGUGAGCAAGUGCGAGAAGCAGCCUGCGCCCUCUACACCCACUGCCUCUUCCUGCACGAGGGCUGGCCGCUGUGUCUGCGGGACGAGGUCGUGGUCCACCUGGCACCACUCAACCCACUCCUGCUGCGUCAGGGCGACUUCUACCUUCAAGUGGAGUCCUGGGAGGAGCAGUCUGUCCACAUGACACUCAAGUGUCUCUCCUCAGACCUCUGCAAGGUGGACAAGAAGCCUAUUCCUGAGACCUCCUAUUCUCUGAUUUUCACCCCAGAAUGGCUGGAAGCCAUCAACAGUGACUUUGAGGGAAGCCCCUUAUACAACUGUCUUGUGGCUUCAGAAAAUGGGAUCACGCCUGUGCCUUGGACCAGGAUAACCAGCCCAGAGUUUAUAGAUGACAGACCCCCAGCAGUGAACAUCCCUUCUUCAGAUGGGAACACUUGUCCUCUAGAGGUGCUCCAUCUGAGCAGCCCCCAGGAGCUGGGCCAGGCCAGCUCCUUGGGCAGUGUGGGGUCUGUGGCCCAGAGUUGGGCUAAGGAUAAAGGGAAGUUGUCUAGAGACAAAUAUCCCGGGCUCAUCAAGGUUGAGCCAGCAAGGCCAGAGCAGAUGGCCUUCAGGAUGGACAGUGAGACCAAGGAGGGCCUGGAGGGGGACUAUGUGGCUCUCCUGGGCUUUCUCCAAGAGUGUAGAAGGGGGUCUCCAGACAGGGAGGUAGUUACACUCAGUACGAACACUCAAGGAUCACAGAAGGAGACAUCUGGAACUAAGGGGACACCUCUGCUUGGAAGGGUCCUACCUCCCCCUGGGCCAGAUGAGGGACUUCCCUCAUAUGUGAAGCCAACAGACUCUGAAGAGAAGCCCUGUAGUGGGGGCUCAAGAAGAAAGGGCAGGCACAAAGCAUCUGACCACAUUGCAGAGAGACAGCCCCAGCAGCCCCACGUUGGUGUCCUGGAGAAGCUGCUGGACUGUACUUCUGGCCUAGUGGAGGACACUGAAGAAGAGCCAGGAGCUUCUAAGAUGCAAACGCCUUUGGGAAUGCCAGCAGCCAUGGUCGAGCUCAGGCCUGGGCCAAGACAAACACCCUCUCCUCUCUUGUCCUCAGCUGCCCCUGUAGCCCUAGCCUCUGAGACAAAGACAGAGGAGACCACACCAGGAUAUGGCAGACCUUCCAAGCCCGAGGCCUUUCUCAGUAGGAACAUCUCCAUCUGUGGGUCCCCAGCUCCUGGGCUCCAGUUCCCCUUCUUGAAAGGACAGAGGGCGCCUCUGAUGCCCCCUGAGAAGGCCCUACUCCAGCAUAUUGGGAAGGCCCUGAGCCCCCUCAACUCUCUGCAGCCUUGCGGAGCCAAGACCCCAGGGAAAGAUGGGACAGCUCUCCCCAGAACAUCUGGCUCAGCCCCACCGUCUGGGAAACUGCCUGGCUUCCGGAAAGAUUCUGCAGGUCCCCCAGGAGGAAGACUUAGCCUGAAGGAGUGUUCCAGGCCUGAGCCCAGGAUCGGGACUCUGGGAGCCAAGCUUCUCCACUCCAGGAUAGCUUGCCUGCCAGGUGGUAGGGACCGGAUGGGGCGGCCUCUGCUUCUGGUGUCGACCAUGCAGGAGGCCUGGGAGGCACCCUGGUGUACUGCCUUGGAGGUCACGGAGUUGCUGUCCUACUUAUGCGGUGUUCCCAGGCUGGAGGAUAAAGCCAAGGGGCUGCUGGUGGUGAUUGAUGCCAGGAAAGGGCCCCCGAGUCCUGCUCUGGUCGGCGCCCUGCAGAGCACACAGGCCCUGGCUCCAGCCUCCAUCAGCAAAGUGCUCCUCCUGGGAGAGAAGGCAUCCAGUCUUCAGCUACCUGUACUACCUGUCCAGGUGGAGGUACUGACCUCGCUGAAGGCCCUCAGAAACCACGUGGACCCUAGCCAGCUGCCCGAGGCUCUGGAGGGCCCCUUCCCCUACCACCACAGCGAGUGGGUGCAGUUCUUCCAGAAGCUGGACCCGUUUGUCACUGACCUUCGCCAGGCCUCAUCCCUGCUGCAGGCUUCCAUUCAAGAGUUUGAGAAUGGUGACCCCCCUGGUGGGGUGCAGGAGGCCACCAGGUGCCUGAGCAAGUCCAAGGAUCUGAUGGGGGCUGUGCUGAGGGACCCUGGCCUGCUGGCUCUUCAGAGGGAAGGUGGAGCAACUCUGGCCAGGCUGCAGCAGGAGGCCAGCAUGCUGAACACCAACCCUGAAGUCAGGAGCCAUCUGACUGAAGCUGCAGCCCUGUACAACCUUGUGGAUGACCAGCUUCACGUCCUGGUCACUGCGUCCAAUCACCUCCUCCGAAGGCUGGAGCUCCGUGUCCAACUGGGCCACCUGGAAGCUGCCAUCCAUCAGGUCAGUGACUGGAUGGAGCGGGAAGGAAGCCGGUAUCUGCAGGCUCUAUCCCCUGUUGAUAUAUGUGCAGAGACAGUGGAGAAAGUCCACGCCGAGUUUGAGGAUUUCUUCCUGCAGGUUGCGGCCCAGUAUCGCCAGGGCCUGGAACUGUCCAAGCAGGCUGCGCAGUUGGGAGCUGUAGAGGAAGGGGCAGGGGAGACAGGGCUCCCAGACCUGGCAGCCUUCGCCUCCACGCAGCAGGCCUUCCAAGCCAGGCUGACGCACUUCUACAUGGCGGCCGAGAGGCAACGCACUGACCUGGAGACUCUGCUCCACCUCCACCGCUUCAGAAAGAAGGUAUGCCGGUUCCACAUGGACUGUCAGGACCUGCUGACCCAGCUCAGGCUAGGCAAGACUUCGAGGGCCAGCCCUGGGGACCAGCUCCACCUCCGCCUCCACUGUUACCUGAAGCGCCUGGCGUCUGAGUUCCAGACUGAGAAGCUCCUGGCCAUGAAGCUCCAGGUGGCCUCCCUGAGCUGGGCUGGCCUGGGCCAGGAGUUGUGGGAAGAGACCCAGGAGCAACACCAGAAGGUCCAGGGCUUGCUGAGGAAGGCACUGGCCUACUGCCCGUGUCCAGAGCUCACUGCUGCUCACCCAGCACACACAGAUCGAAGCAGGAUAGCAGCUAAGGGCCAGGGUCUGCCUAGAGAAGUGGUCUCCAAAUGGGACAGGUCCCUAAAGGACUGUCUGGCUGCAGAUGUGUCAAGAUCCCACUGGUCUCCCCAUGUCUUCCAAGGGGAGCAGAGCAGAAGCAUGUGGUCAGGCCUACCACCCCAGGAAACUGGCCAGACUGUGGAUACCGAGGAAGGCCGAGGUGCCCCCAAGCUGCCUGAGCCCACACUGGAGCGGCUGCUUGCCUCUCUCUUGUCCUGGCAUCACCUUCCCAGACAGAGCAAGGCCUCUCACCCAACUGGUGGCAGCUUUUCCUCUGAGGGGACAGACUCACAGACAUCCCUGGAGGACUCACCCUACACAAGCCCUCCUGCAUCCCUCUAACUGGAUCUGAACCAUCACAUUAGCUCUGGGGAUUGGGAUAGGACCAAUGGAAGGGGUCUGCUGAGCCCAUACCACCCUAACAGACAUGGCCAUGGAGUGAUGUUAGGAAGACCACCUUCUGGCUCCAGAAAACCUCAAGAUGAUGGAUUGUUACCCACACAGAAUAGUGUCUGUGGGAGUUAGAAUCCAGACUCAAUGAAAGGACACUGGGCUAUGACUACAGGGUCUCCUAUGGCAAGGCCGGCUGGGGCCACCUUUGCAAAGUCUUACCCAAACUGCAACUUGGGGUUCACAUGGGUAACAAAGUAGUGGGAGGGGCCUCUUGUCUUGAGCCCAGGGUAACAGACCCUGAGACUUUGCUUUUGGCAGUGACCCCAGGAGCCUCUGGGAAGAGGGUGGGAAGCAGGGGGAGGGAAAUAAAGGACAUUUGUCAAGCAAGCUCCAUCCUGCUGAGGUCUGCCAGGGGACAGCAGUGGGCCUCAUAGAUGCCCAUCUGAGAGGGGAGGUGGCCCUCACCCCCUACUCUCAGGAGCUGACUCUAGUGGACAAGGGCAGGAACGUGGCAGAGGAAGAAACUGCUUGACACAGAGCUCUCCCCAGGAACCCAGCUCCCCAGUUCAGACUCAAGAAAGCACUUGGGAUCUUGUCCUUGCAUUCCAUAGACACCUCCAGUUCCCAUGGAGUGUUACUUCAUCCCCAAGUCCCACAUUCCGUGUCAACAGCCCAGUGUCAUCGAGGGCAGCAAUGGAGGUGUGGUGCCGUCUUUGAAAGCAGGUGGGUUGGGUGCAAUGGGAAGAGGAUUAUUCUAUAUCACCUAGCUUUCUACCGAGCCGCGUAGCGCCCCCUAGUGUCACCUCUGAGCGCUGACAUGUUGCAAGGAUUCACAGGGCUCUGAAUCAGUCUUGACUACCAAGAUGCCCUGCUGGCAGCCCUACCUGAGUUUUUCAGGCCCUGAGAGGAGGGUGAAAUACCUGCUCCACCCCCACCAGUGAGGCUGUGUCAGGGGAGAGGGAAGCCUGAACCAGGCUUGGGAGGAUGAGGUGCCACGGGAGAUGUCUCAGCCCCAAGCAGCUUCAAGAAUCUUCUCUGAGAUUCAGGAUUUCUCCAAGCACAGCCUGAGGCCUGCCUGCUUCAGAGGCACCAGUGAAGGUGAUUGUAAGGCAGCCCGCUCAGGGUAUGACAGUCCUCCACAGCACACACUAACCAGGCCCAGGGCCUGGGGGAGACUGGAGGCCGCAUGGGGGCCACCUGAUCAGGCGUUCCAGGUCAUUGUCCAUUCUGCUGACAUCACAGAUUGUCACAGGCUAAGUGACUUACAAUGGGAGCUUGCUGGACUCACAGUUCUAGAGUCUGGCAGUCCAAAGUCCAGGGGCUGCCUCUGGUGAGGACCUUCUUGUGUGCGAGCAUUGCCUAUAGAUGGAGCGUGCGUGGAAGAGGGGGAAGGAGCAAACCUCCUUAAAAGAGGGCUGCUCCCACAUCAAUCCCACAGGAGGACAGUGGGCACCUGUAUGACCUUUCUACCUCCAUCUCUCAAGUUUCCAGCACGUGAAUUUCAGAGGACACUUGAAACCUUGGUUCCCUUGGGAAGUCCUUGGGGCUUCAGGUCCCAGGCAGCUCAGACUUUGUAUUCCUCUCCUAGGCCUUGCAUCCAGAAGGCUGACUGAGGAUGCUUGAGGAAUUUGAUCAGCCAUCUCCAUCCAAGCCUGUCACCUCAGAGGGGGGGCCUAAGGCUCUUAAACUGUUGUUGCCAUAGAAACAGCAGCCAGCCAGUGGAGACCACAGGCAAGGAGCAGGAAACCUGGGGAGCAAGAAGGAAAGCUGACUUCAGGGCGACCCACAACCACACCUGGGAAUGAGGUGUGGGGGGGAAGGGAUGAGUGAGCCAAGGAUCUUUGGGUAGGAGGGGACCCCAAGGUCUUACACAUCCUCCUCUUUCCAAAAAGAACUGUAUCCCAACUGUUGACCUGCUCCUGGCAGCUCCAAGGGAGAAAAGGUGCAGAUGUGGAAUACGGGUGAAUGACCACAUUCAAAAAUGAGGAAGGGCUGGGAAGAUGGCCUAGUGGGUGGAGUGCUUACUACGUGAGCAUGGGAACCUGGGCAUGGAUUCCCCAGCACCCAUGUAAAAAGCUUGGUGUGGCUGUGUGUGUCUAUACCCUGGAGCAAGGGGGUUGAGACAGGCAGGCAGAUCCCCGAGGCUCACCCAGCUAGCCCGGCUGAAUUGGUGAGCCCCAGGUUCAGUGAGAGAUUCUGUAUCAAAAAGCAAGGUGGAGCGAAAAGCCGCUGUUGUCUUGUUUGGCCUCCCGAAUGUACAUACACAGGCAUGCAGAAACUUAAAAAAGUAAGGAAUCAGCUGGUGUUUCAGCCGCAUCCAGCUUUGCACUGAGAUCCUUAAAAAACAAAACAAAACAAAACUCUGCAAGGCUCGCUGAUGUGCAUCCCAACAGCCCCAUGGAAUUGGUUUUAACCUCCCAUCCUUUUCCUAAGGAGGAACUCAAGACUUCCAGUGGCUUGGGAUGUCUUGUCCAAUACAGCAAAUGACUGAGGUGGACCUUGCAUGUGACAUGGAUGCCUUGGCCACCUGCAUGCAAGCUGGGGCUGAUUGCUGGGUCUCAGUGAUUGUGGAUUUGUGUCCUUUGUAUUUCCUUUUGUCCCUGGCCAUUGGCAUGUGCCUGGGGCAAUGGGUGGGCUGGGCUUGGUUCUCUGGGUGGCACUUACACAGGACCUCUGGUAGAACGUGAGCAGAUUUAGAGGGUAGUUAAUGAUGAGGACCUGGAGUUGACCUGCUCAAGGUGCAUCAGUCACAAGCUGUGUGCCCUUGGCCAAAUGAAGUACCUCUCUGUCUCUUGGUUUCCUGACCUAGAGAGUGGAAAACCACAAGGCCUCAGAGGCUUGUAAAUGUUCCUUAAGUUGAGCUGUGGGAAUUCUUCAGAUAGGCGCUGGAACAUAGUAACUGCUCACUAAAUGGUAUCAAGACUCAGGCUCUGGCACCAGCCCCGCCAGCCCCUGUUUUUGUUAAUGAUGAAUAUCCAGGAAGAUAUCUCUCAAGAGCCCUGGCAAAGCCCCCUACUGACUCCCAAACACUGUCACUCCCAAUCAUAUGGCUUUCCAUAUUUUCUGAAUCCCCAGUUGUCUCUUGAAGGCCACAGGGACCUAAUUUAUUGGCAAGGUGGGAACAAGGCAAGGAGUUGCCAUGCAUGGGAACCAGGUGACCAUAGCUUCAAAUAGCAAAGUCACACCCCCAGAGACUGCUCUGAGAGACCGGAGCUGUGGUGUCCUGGGACGUAAGGCAAAAGUUUGUAACCCUUUGUGGGGGAAGGAAAGAGUUUAUAGGGACCCCGAAGUAGAUCAGUGAUGUGAUCAAUUAUCUAGUUUUCUCAGGACCCCUCUCCCCCGACCUGAGGGAAUGGGAGGCUGGCCACAGGUAAAGGAACACAGCCUGAGAUGUUGGGGUGAUCCCCAGCAGGUGGCUGCUUGUCUCUGAUACUCAGACUCCCUCAUCUAUCGAAUGGGUGCUCUGGAUGGAUGGAAAUCCUUUCCACCUUGGAAACACAAAGCCCUGGCUUUGAACCCAGACUCACUAGCCUGGUCCUCUGAGCAGAUGGUUACCCUCAGUUUCCCCCAUCUAUGAAAUGGGUUGACAAGCCUGCUGGAUCAGGACACUGGUGUCUGGAUCCCCGAGCUCAGCACUGGGCCUUUCCUUUCUGUGGGUGUCAGUCUUGUGAAGGGGGGAAGCUUUUAGAGCGAGCGAGCUGGGCAGAGGUGGGGGCAGAGGCAGGACUGAGCCCAGAGGAGAGUAGAAGAAGCAUUUGCAUGGUGCUCUCCAUCUGACUGUAUCCUUGUCUGCUGUUCACCCCAGCCCUGAUGGUGCAGCAGUCAUCCUCUGAGACACUUCCAGACAAGUAGAGGGAUGCCUGGAGAUGGGGGCUUGUCCAAGGCUGAACAGCUGGGACAGGGAUGGAGAGGAGGGAGCUCUGAUGCAGACCUGUCCGAUCAGUGUGGCAUCUGGGACAGCACGGAGACUCUACCGGAGAGCAUCAUUCCACUCCUAAGUAGGCAAUGCACACUCUGUGCCCACUAGUCACUCACUCCAGAUGUAGACGGGACAGCUGGCCAGGGUCACAGCACAGUCUGCCCUCAAAUAACAGGGCUGCACUGUUCCCAGGGGCUGUAAGCUGGCUUGCUGCCCAGGACAAAUUGUCCAGUCCAGAACCCCACCCUCACUGAAAAAUAGCGCUAUAGAUGUGAGCCAGCAGGACCCUGGGGAGGCACUCCAGGGAUAGCAGCACCCCUGGGGUGUGGGUGGCUUAGGAGGGGGACCACGGACCUCCUCAGGCCUCAUUGUCCCCAUGCACGCAAUGGGGGUGUGGUGCUGUGAUAGACUCGGAUCCUGGCCCCUGGCCUACAGCUUCUGGACCCCAACAGGUUUCCAGAGGGGUGAGGGGGUCUUCAGAGUGUGAACAAGGGAUAGGGCUGAUCACCAAGCCUCAACAUCCCAUCUAUGGGCCCAAGGAGGACUGAGGGGCCAAAAGUCACACUGACUACCAAUGGCCUGUGAUUCAGCAGUGACGGCUGCCUUGUAAGAACUCUAUAAAAAGCCCAAGGCCUGGGUCGGGGAGUAGGGUGGGGAGCUGCCACAGGCUGGACACCGGGGAAUAGAGGAGGGUGGAGAGCCCAGCCGGGGCACAAGGCUCUUGCCCCUUUGCACUUGCUCCACCCUGGCAGGCCAGUCUUCUUUACCUUUGCAGGGGGCCUGUAUGUGCAAGUGUGCUCCCAGGUUCUGUGAUCUGUCUGGACAAAUUAACGGAGCCCAAGUGGGCGGGACGUGGGACUCCUGACUUACAGCUGUUUGUUCAGAAACACAGAUCACAGCUCAAGGCAUGUGAUAGGCAUCCAAAGCAGGGAACAGUCUUGUGGGCCCAAGAUGGUGGCCUGUGCCAUCUGAUUCUGGCCCCAAGGAGACAGUGCCCCCCUGACCUGAGUUGAAGGAUGCCCACCCAGGGUCCAUCAGAGAGCUGGUGGUUGGUGGCAGAAUCCUACCUGCUGUAGCUUUUGAGGGCGAUCUUAUUAGUGGCCUGUGGUGAGGGACUGAUCUUAGGGAGUGGAGGCAGGAUGGCAGCUGGGCAUUUGUCAUCUGAAGCUCCUGUCUGCCCUCCCCAUCCUACCUCCCUCUCCACACACUAAUAGCCCAUCCUGGCACCAAGGAGAGAAACAUGUCCUCAAACCUCUUCAGAACUCUAAAUGUGCUGUAAAAAUAAAAGGAAAACUUAAAGAAGCAACAUCAAAAAAGCCUUUUAAAAAUGGCACCGGCCCGCAGAGGAGCAGGACUUGGGCACAAGCCCAGUUGCUGCAGUGUGGCACUCUGGCUGCUUCUGACUGCAGGCCACAGGGACAGGUCAUUGCACCAUGUCCAGAGACCCCGGUGUAUAUCAGGGGUGCACAUACUAAUCAUUUUGAUUGUUGUUGUUAGUUAGGUAUGGUCUCAUGUAGCCUAGCCUCUAACCCUUCUGAUCCAAUUGCUCCACAUCCUAAGUGCUGUGAUGACAGGCAUGUAUACCACCAUGCCCAGUUUCAUGUAGUACUGGGGGUCAAAUCCAGGGCUUGGUGUGUGCUAGGCAAGCACUCUGCCAGCGGAGCCUCGUCCUCAGCCCGGCAUUAGCCACAUAGGCAUCGUGGUGUAAAACACCAGGUGGAACAAAUUACAAGGGAGAUGGAGUUGUCUUGACUAAGGGUUUCUGAGGGUUCGGUCAGUCAUGGCAGGGAGGGUGUGUUGGAGCAAAGCAGUUGACAUCACAGGCCAGCAAACAGAAGCACAAGAGUAAAAGUGGCUAUACCCCCAAGCAUGCAACCCUGAUGACUUUUCUUCCUCCAGCUAGGUCUUCUAGCUUUUCCAGAACCUUCUAAAACAGUGCCGUCUGCUGGGGAAACAACCAUCAAACGACUAGCCUAUGGGAGCAUUUCAGCAGCAUGUCAUGCGUUAGUUUGGUUGUUUCUGUGAUGUAAUACCCUGACAAAAGCAACAUGGAGAGGAAGGCUUACUUUAGCUCACGACUUCAAGUUGCAGCCCAUUGUUGUGAGGGCGAGGGUGGCUGGUCACAUCCUCAGUUGAGGGCAGAGAGAGAAUAAAUAUACAUGUUUUUUCAGUACUCUGCGCCCUCUCUUCUCCACUCAAUCCAAAACCCAUCCCAGGAUCUUGUGCCUUCCACAUUCAGGGUGGGUCUUCCACAUCAAUUAAUCCACUUAAGACAAUCCCUCCCCCUAUAAAUCCCUCCAGAGCCAACUGCACAGCCCUCAUUAGGAGCCCCUUCUCAGGGGACUCUAGAUUGUAUCCAGGGGCAAUUAAAGCUGACCAUCCCUUGCUGCUACAGGAAGUCCCCAGCCUUGUGCUGAAUGUCACCGUGCUCUGCACAUAGUCUUUUCUUCAUCUUCUGCCAGUCACAAGACCCUGAACCUGUUCUCAACCCCAACAGAAGCUCCCCCACAGCUUUGUAAUAAGUCACACAGUUGCUUUCUCCGAAAUUCCCACUGACAGCCAUCCAAACACACAUCUCCCAAAUAGCUAAAACACAUGGAUUCAUCAGUUCGCUGGAUAGUUCCAGACUUUCGGAAAUCUGGUUAUACAGAGACAUGAUCUCAGACCUAACCACAAUGUUACUAAAUGAAAGCUUAAUUUUGAAUUUACCUGUAAAGUAGCAUGUGUCUGAUGUCUUAAAACAGAAGUUCUCAACCUGUGGUCAUGACCCUCUCAGGGGUUGAUAUCAGAUACCCUGCAUAUCAGAUAUUUACAUUAUGAUCCAUAAU